UAUUGUAUUUUGAAACUUUGUUUUGUUUACCUUUUUUGAAAUUCAGUUUUGCAUAAAAUCUCCUCAAAUACCAACUUAAUUAUAGUAAAAUGGACAUCAUAAGAGCUGAAAUAGCACGCAAACGUAAACUUUUAGAAGAUAGAAAGCUAGUAGACGGUAACAAGAAAUUCUUUAAGCGAGGUGACCUAAUUGAGAAGGAAAAAGAAGAAUAUGUCCAGAAAUACUUAUCCAAAGAGUCUCAACAAAGUCAAAUUCAAGCAUCCAGUAACUCACAUCUAGAACAUGCUUUAUCAUCCAGAGAUUCAGCUAUGGAAAUUUUGAGCUUGCCACGAUCAGAAGUCAUAAGAAAAUUAAGAGAACGAGGAGAACCAAUCUUAUUAUAUGCAGAAUCUGAAGUAGAUUCCUGUCAUCGAUUAAGACGAUUGGAAAUUUCAGCACCAGAAGUUAAUAGAGGAUUUAGAAACGACUUUCAAGAAGCUAUGGAAGAAGUUGAUCAAGCAUAUUUACAGGAAAUCCUUAGUGAUAAUCCAGUCGACCCGAACAAAGACAAAAAUAAGAACGAGGAUAUUGAUGUAGACGAAUCAGUUACUUACGAAUCAAUACAAAAAGAAGCUGAAAGGCUUGGCAGAGGAAAUAAGGAACAUGAUAUUAAUGUGAUCACGACAUUCCUUAAAUUUCUACUUAAACAAUGGAAUGAUCAAUUGAAUAGUGUCGCAUCCGAAGAGAAAAUGAAGACAAAGACUAAGAUUGCUAAAGCAACAUUCGCACAGACUAGAGUUUACUUAAAGCCACUGCUUAAGAAGCUCAAAAAUGACAAAAUUCCUGACGAUAUUUUUGACAGUCUUGCUGAAAUUGUGAAAUAUGUAUUGAAACGUGAAUAUAUUGCAGCUAGUGAUGCUUACUUGACAAUGGCUAUUGGAAAUGCUCCUUGGCCAAUUGGUGUAACUAUGGUUGGUAUCCAUGCUCGUACUGGUCGUGAAAAGAUUUUCUCAAAGAAUGUGGCUCACGUGCUGAACGAUGAAACCCAACGAAAGUAUAUUCAAGGAUUAAAACGAUUGAUGACAAAAUGUCAGGAGUUCUUUCCAACAGAUCCAAGCAGAAGUGUUGAGUAUGUCAGUAAGAAAGAUCGAGAUAAUGAGUGAAUAUAGAACAGCAA